ACAUGGUGGUGAAUGGGAACGUAGCUAUGAUGACGGAAGGAACAGUAGUUGGGAUACAAGACGCGAGCGAGGCCGACGGACAACGUGAUCGCUACGACGAUGACAUACGCAUCCAUGGAUACCGCGAUGGACCUCGCCGUGCGCCGGUGACCUGUUACGAAUGCGGCAGGCAAGGCCACUAUCCCAACAAGUGUCCGAGGCUUGCCGGCGAAUCUAGUGCACCACGAGGACGAUCGACCUCCCCAGGACACGUAACGAGGCUGGUCGCCAGACGAUCUUCCUCGGAGGAACCUGUGAUCCGCAAACAACUGGAGGAGUUGACCUCGUCGAUCGCCACGCCUGAAGAAGGAGGAAGCGAAGCGGGAGGCAGAACGUGUGAGCAACUUAGGCGAGAAGCGGAGGAACAACAAGCAAAGGAGCGACGCGCCAAGAAGAAGGAGGAGAAGAAGAGGAAGGAGAUUGAGGCCAGAGAAGCACUGCGCAAAGAGCUGCAUAUCGAGAUGAAGCAGCAAAUGGGCGCCAUGUGCGAAGGCGUACAUGAUCGCUUACUCCAUACGAUGAGAUAUGAAGACACGAAGGGUAAAGCAAAGUUAUCGGAAUACGCUUCCGAGGACUCCUACUACUCGGAUGACAGCGAGAUCGAAGCACUUAGUGAGCACACUACUCGACUCAACAUCAACGACAAACGUAAACGCGAACCUGAUCUAGGUGUGGGUGAUAGCCCACCUGUGGUGACGCCUGUAAAAAGGACGACUAAGAGAGGAGUGUUGGAUCCGAAGAAGUUGUUGCUCAACUACCGACACCCACCUUUGAAGAAGCCAUCACCAAAGAAGAAGACGCUGGGGACAGGAUCCGCCACUCGACGCAGGAAGAUCCCUGCAUCCCCGGGCGUACUCGGGAAGCUGCGCUACGUUCAGGAGAACCUCCGCCAAUUGGGCGGUCUUAACAUGGAGGAGCUGAGAGCGAUUUGUCGAAGCGAGGAAGUCGCUUUCGAAGGAAAGAAGAUGGAUAUUCUAUUGGCGAUCACCGAGAAGCGAGCCUAUGUUGCGUACGACACUGAUGAGGAGACCGGGGUGAGGAAUGCUACCGAAGAGGUGGUCGAGGAGACCCAGUUAGACGAUGCAUCCGAAGGAGACAAGGAGAGCGAGUUUCUAUUCCGGCCAGUGAGUUGCCACUGGAUCCGCAGGAUUGGCGGUGGAAGCAUCCGCUUAAACCCGCGAACCAGGUGGUUGCAAAGUCUUCAGCAAGAUCAAUCUCAGAUUGAGGUCGAACCUGCAGACCAGCACAAAACUGCAUUCAAAACUCGCGAUGGGUUGUACAAGUUUACAGUUAUGCCCUUCGGUCUCACGAAUGCACCAGCCACCUUUCAAAGUCUCAUGGACAAAGUGUUUCGCAAUCAGAUCAACCGAUUUGUUGUUGUAUAUCUGGGUGGCAUUCUUAUCUUCAGCAAAUCAAUGGAGGAGCACAUGAGACACCUUGAGGAAGUGAUGCAGAUCCUCAAGGACGCGCAGCUCCAUCUCAACUUGGAUAAAUCUGAGUUUGGGAGGGACAGCGUCAUCUACCUUGGACAUCGGUUAUCUGCUGCAGGCCUAGAGCCCAAGGCAGCAAAGGUUGAGGUCAUCCAAAAGUGGCCCCAACCUGCGAAUGUCCGCGAGUUGCGUUCUUUUCUUGGUCUUGCGUCGUACUACCGUAAGUCUGUGACUAAAUUUUCUAUCAUUGCCCGUCCAUUGUCUAGACUAACAAGCAAGAAUGUGUCCUACGCAUGGAAUGAAGAAUGCACGACAGCCUUUGAAGCAUUGAAAGAGGCUUUGGUGAGUCAUCCAGUGCUCCGCAUUGCAGAUCCCAAGCUUACAUUCGUAGUAACUACGGAUGCGAGUUUGUAUGGGAUUAGUGCAGUGCUGCAGCAAGAUGACGGCGAUGGUUUACGUCCGCUGGAAUACUACAGCAAACGCAUGCCCAGCCACAAGGUAGCUGCCUCCACUUACAUGAGAGAGCUCUAUGCCUUGAGAGAGGCACUAGACCAUUGGAAACACUACCUCUUGGGUCGCCAUUUUAAAGUGUUCUCGGAUCAUGAGACUUUGAAGUGGAUUCAGACACAGAUAAACCCAUCAACUACGCUGACCCGCUGGCUGCAUGAGAUUGAUGUGUAUGAUUUCGAACUAAGACACAAGAAAGGCUGCUAUAAUUGUGUUGCGGAUGCUUUGUCUUGCCACCCUGAGUACAUGACUUGCCUAGUGGGUUCCUACGAUCUUCGCAAGGACUUACAGAAGAAACUCAUUGAGCACACUGCCAAGGAUCCGGAACUCAGUCCCAUCCUUGAGCAGAUUCGGGCUGACCCUAGUAGUCAACCUGAUCUCCAUGAAUGUAAGGACCUUCUCUUCCGACGCUACGGUAAGCAUGACCGGUUGUGUGUACCCAACCAUGAGCCAAUCAUCACUCACAUCUUGGAUUUGGCUCAUGGCCGGAGUGGACACUUCGGAGUUGAGAAGACAUACGGGAAUCUGUUGGAAAGGUUUGUGUGGCCUGGAAUGAAAAGAAUGGCACAAAGGUUUGUGGCCGAGUGUAAAGUUUGUCAGCGCAUUAAACCGUCUCGGCAGAAGCCGUAUGGCCUGCUGCACCCUCUUCCUAUCCCUGAUGGUCCGGGUGAGUCUGUUUCCAUUGACUUCACGGACAUGGGGAAGAAGAGCAGAAACGGUUAUUCACAAGUGAUGGUGAUCGUUGAUCGGUUUUAGAAAUUUCUAAAUCUGAUUCCCUUGCCACCUCACGCCCCAACUGACCUUGUGAUCGAUGAGUUCAACAAAAGGUACGUGCUACG